CGCUCCGAGCGCUCCACGCUUCGCCGCCGCGAGCAAUGGUUCACAGGGCCCGGUGCUGGGCGCGCGGCCCCGGGCGGAGGCGCGGGGCCGGGGCGGGACCCCACGGGGUCGCCGGGCUUGCUGCUAGCAGCCGAGUAUAGUCGUAGAGGACGCGGGGCGCGCGUGGGCCGGGGUGAGCAUGAGGACUCUCCGCAGGUUGAAGUUCAUGAGUUCGCCCAGCCUCAGUGACCUGGGCAAGAGGGAGCCGGGCGCGGCGGGUGCGGACGAGCGGGGCACGCAGCAGCGCCGAGCCUGCGCCAACGCCACCUGGAACAGCAUCCAUAACGGCGUGAUCGCUGUCUUCCAGCGCAAGGGGCUGCCCGACCAGGAGCUCUUCAUCCUCAACGAGGGUGUCCGGCAGCUGUUGAAGACGGAGCUGGGGUCCUUCUUCACUGAGUACUUGCAGAACCAGCUGCUCACAAAGGGCAUGGUGAUCCUUCGUGACAAGAUACGCUUCUACGAGGGACAGAAGCUGCUAGACUCGCUGGCGGAGACCUGGGAUUUCUUCUUCAGUGACGUGCUGCCCACGCUGCAGGCCAUCUUCUACCCUGUACAGGGCAAGGAGCCGUCGGUGCGCCAGCUUGCCCUGCUGCAUUUCCGGAACACCAUCACCCUCAGUGUGAAGCUGGAGGACGCACUGGCCCGCUCCCACGCACGUGUCCCCCCUGCCAUCGCACAGAUGCUGCUGGUACUGCAGGGGGUACAUGAGUCCCGGGGUGUGACCGAAGACUACCUGCGUUUGGAGACACUGAUCCAGAAGGUGGUGUCACCAUACCUGGGCACCUAUGGCCUCUACUCCAACGAAGGGCCCUGCACCCAUUCCUGCAUCCUCGAGAAACGGCUCCUGCGCCGCUCCCGCUCUGGGGACGUCCUCGCCAAGAACCCGGUGGUGCGCUCCAAAAGCUACAACACGCCCCUGCUCAAUCCCGUGGCUGAGCACGAAGCGGAGGGCACAGCGGCCGGUGGUACAAGCAUCCGCAGGCACUCCGUCUCUGAGAUGACAUCUUGUCCUGAGCCCCAGGGCUUUGUGGAAACACCUGGCCAGGGCCCUUCGGGGACCUUCAGGUCCUCUCCAAUGCCCCACUCGGGGCCUUGCCCCAGCAGACUGUACCCCCCUGCCCGUUCCCCCGAGCAGGACCCAGCCCACGGCUCCCCACCCACCUCCAGCCCUGAGACACUGGUGGACCAGAUCCUGGAGUCCGUGGACUCAGACUCUGAAGGAAUAUUCAUUGACUUUGGGCGGGGUAGUCGCUCCAGUGUGUCUGACUUUGGUGCAACCGGAAGCCGGCCGAGUGUUGUGUGAUGGCCUGAGGUUAGUUCAUGGUUUUACUGACCCCUGCCUGUGUGUUUGUGCGUCUGUGGGUGUGUGUCUGAGAGAGAGACUUGUUUGUUACUCUUUCCUAAUUUCACCAGCCCCCUUGUCACUGCCUUGGUCACUGUAUGCUCCCAGUCUGUUGGAAAAUCUUCCCACCUCCCCCCGCUCACCCUAGGUCUGAUUGGGAUGUCCAGUUGGCACCACCCAGAUGCACACUGAACCACCUCGAGGAUGGGGCCACCAUGUGCCCUUCUGCCUGCCACACCCUUGGUGCCCACAUCUACCCAGAAAAAUGUGAAACCAGUGGGUUCUGCCUAUGCCAGCCCAGCUUGGCCCCCACAGUGACGGGACUCCAGCAACAGCCGGACCUGCCUCCCUCUGCCCUUGGUAGCCACAGGAAGGCGUGAAAUAAAGUUACAACUCCAGGCUCCUGUCUUCCCCCUGGUGUCCUUCUGGGACCCCCACCUCAUUCACCGCUCCCUCCUGCCAGGGGCACAUUUCCAAGUUGAGGGCAUGGCCACUUGCCCAUUGUCCACUCCUCCACUUGCUUUCAGGUCCAAUGUCGCUAUGUCUUCUUGAUGGAAGGACCUAGAAAGCAUAUAAAGAAGGCCUGACACCUUAGUGGAUGAUAUAAGACAGGCCCUACUGUGGUCCCUGGUUCCAGCCCCAGACAUUGGCUGGGAGGCACCCACUGCAGCCAGGGAGGGAAGGGGGUUGCUUGCCCUUUGUUUGGGGGGGUUGCUGAAGGCCCUGGUGGUACAGGCAGCCCAGACUUCCUAGCUGCUCUAGGGGUGGCUCUUUGCCUCCAGAGAGGUUUGCUCAGAGUCUGAGGGUGGUUAGGACCUCCCUGGUCCUCAAAUGAGCUGAUUCUACCACCUGGUAAAUGGACGUAAGUGUUCUUGAGUGCUGGCAGGGUGGCUACAGGCUUGUACCAGCCCAGCAGCUUACCCCGAUAUGCCAUCCCUGGAGUAGUCCUCUGUCGUGUUGAGAUCCUCUUUAGAGAGCCAGCAGGAGUAUGGUCCUCUUUGAUCACAUGCUGACCCCUGCCCCAGACACUCAGGCCUUGAUGGUCUGCUGGGAAUGACAAGCGAAAUAGCAGCCCCAGGGGCAGGGUGACCAGAUCUGAUCAGGACACAGGAUAGGAAGCAGCUAUUUCAUUCUUGGGCUGCAAGGCCUUGUGGGUCCAGGGGAUCUGCUGGAGAUGUUAGGAUGAAGGUUCCCCCACCCCCCAGGGUGGAAGAAACAGCCAGUUCCAGCGAGGGGUGGCCUGCUUAAGUUUCUGAGCCUGUGGUGAGGGCACACACUGGACUCCCAGGCUGUCUCAGUGUCACUAUUGCUGUGAUGAAACAGGCACAGAAGCAGCUUGGAGAGGAGAGGGUUUGGUUUACAACCCAGACUCACAGUUCAUUGCAGGAAGCCAAGGCACGAACUUGGAGUCAAGGGCCAAUGUGGAGGCCAUGGAGGAUUCCUGCUUGCUUUUUGUGAUUUGUUCAGCCUCUUUUCUUUCUUUCUUUCUUUCUUUCUUUCUUUCUUCUUUCCUUUCUUUUUUUUUUUU